AUGAGUGGACCGCAUACUGCCUUCUUCUACGGCACCUUGAUGGAGCCCAAGGUCUUCUUCACCGUGGUACAGGGCGACAGCAACCCUCCCCAGGCCAUCAAGGACCUCUACACCUUCACCCCGGCCGUGCUGACCGGCCACACGCGCCACCGCGUCCAGGACGCCGCAUACCCGGGCAUGAUCCCCGAGGAGGGCGGCUCCGUGCUCGGCAUCUACGCGACGGGCCUCACGGAUGCCAACGUCUCCAAGCUCGACCUUUUCGAGGGCUCCGAGUACGAGAAGAAGGUCGUCAAGGUCAAGCUCCAAGGCGGUGGGAGUGGCGGCCAGGAGGGAGAGGAGGAAAAGGAGGCCACAGCUUACAUCUACAAGCGCCCGGAGUUUCUGGAGCGCCGGGAGUGGUCGUUCGACGAGUUCCGCAGGGACAAGAUGCACAUCUGGACGCGCGAGAGCUACGUCUUUGAGGGCUGCACCGACUCUGCAGAGUUCGAGAAGACCAAACACGAGGACACCCAGGGCCACGACGACAAGGACGAUGCGGUCAAGCAGAAUGGUGCCUAA